GCUACAGUUUGCUGUAUCAGUGCAGUGUGUUGAAGGUGCAGCUCGGAUCUGUUUAUAUUUGAGUGGAAACUGAUGCGAUCUAUUUAAAUACACCUGGACAUUGUAAACACCUGGGAAAUAUAAUUUGAAAGAUACCUGUAUAUUAUACAAAUCGGAUGCAACUAACUUUGCUGCUGGCAAUGUUAGAGUAGAAAGCACAUAACUGUUGCAUUAUGAGGAUGGUACGUGUUAGCAUAUGUCUCCUGUUGACAUUAAUGCCACAUCUCAUUAAUGGACAAAGCACAAACAAAUCAAACGACAUCAGUUGCGAACUUUACCCUGUCUCGGACAAUGUGAAAUAUAAAGUCCAGGAUUUAGUUCGAAAUGGAAUACAUUCUUUGGAAUAUAAAAUCCAUUUAAAGAACUCUAGUCACAAUGCAUUGACUACGAACACUGGAUUGCAUUAUAGAUUGGAUACAUGGAGAAGGGUGACCCAGCAGGGCGAGUCAUUACUCAAACUAUCCUUUAACUACAGGGCGUUAUCGUUCAAUACUCUUGGGAGUGGGGUCGACAAGCUGAAUGUUGCUGUUUACGACUCGCCAUCCGGGUGUUUACGUGACCUUGAACCCGAUGAGAAGUACAAUACUGUCCGGAAGUUACUCAUCCGUGACCUUGACCCUGACCUUGAAAAACCAUCGCUUGGAGAGAAUGAACAGCUGUGUCAUCAGAUCGUCACUGCGUAUCAAAACACUGGUCGUGCAAACUUUGCAGACCUGUGUUGCAGUGUGUAUAAGAACGGGAAGGUCCAUUGCAAAGAUGUGCCCCAAAGCGCUCUAUUGUGGUCUAUCAUGGUUCUCAUGAUUUUCGUCAAGACUGCCGCUUUUAUAUUUGGCCCGCUCUUCAUACCCGCUUGGCUGUAUACAUUUGAACGUCACGUGACAUCAUAUAUCGUAAAACUAAACCAGAGCGUGGAGAAAUUGAUAUACUUGGGCAACGAUAGAGGGAGCCUUAAAUACCAGCACAGAAUAGACUUUUAUGAAACAUCCCAAUUUAAUAAAUUCCAAGAAGGACUAAGAUCUGUACCAAAGAACAAAACGGUGAAGAUUCGCAUCAAUGAACUGCGCGUGGCGGUGUCAGGGGAUCGCCUUGUUUCCGAGAGCAGAAUAUCCCUCGGUCUAUUUGAUUGGCUCUAUGAUAAUUUAUUUCGCUGUGGAAUACGAAACAAGAAGCCUUUCAGGGCUUGUUGCAGAGCUAGCAUCCUUGGAGAUUUCAAGAAAGAUUUCAUGAUCCGUUGGAAGCAUUUUUGUCUCGGACUUUCGAUCCUGUUCGCUGUUUUUCUGCUGCUCCCUUUGCCAUUUUACAUCCGUCUGGGGCUUUAUUGCGAUUACGAACGCGAGGAAAUCAUACACCAAAAGGAGUUCAUCAAGGAGAAUAAUUUACUUGAGCAAUAUCGCUACCACCUUCUCCAAUAUUUUUCACCGGAUUAUGGCCUGUUCCCUUUCAUCUACGUCAUGUAUUUCGUCUUCUGUAUGAUUUUUAUCUACAUAACUUUCGAGCAGACCGGGCGCUUUAGGAGCAUCAUUCGAGAUGCGUUCACUGAUCUCCAUAGCAUGUGUUCGUCUUGUUCAGCCUUGACCAAGUGGGCCCCUGUAUUGCUCUACCCCUGUAAGCAUUACGGAAUUCUAGGUCUACUGUUAUGCUUGGUGCUGUGGAUUAUCGUUCUCCCGUGCGUCCUUAUUGGUUGCUUGGUCCUGUUUGCGCCGAUCAUCUAUCUUACAUACAGAGUUGGGGUCCACACUCUCCGUGCUGUCAAGGGCGAUAAUGAGUUAAUGGACCAGAGCUUCUCACAGAGGGCGCUGUUAGAUGGGUCAGUAUGUGGAACGCUUCCUUCGAAUAAAGCUGACACCGAUUUGAGCUACAUCGAGAUGCCAAAGCCUCCUACAUUUGGACUGAAAAUUCUCUACGUUCUUUUUGCUUUGCUCUUCCUUUUCUGCACCUAUUUGAUCCUUAUUGUCUUCGCUGAAUGUGUCGGUUUUGGUUUAGAGAUGGCGAUCUACACAAUCCUUGGCAUUAUUAUGAACGCUAACUAUGUUCUUCGCUAUGUAAUCUUUGUGGUUUUGUUGUUCAUGUACGCUUAUCUCGGCUAUAACAGCGUCUACAAGGUGUAUAUGGCAGUAAACAAGCGCCUCUUUAGAGAAAUCGCAGAUCGGUCAUCGUCAGAAGUAAGUGAUGUCACACGACUUCCGGAGUAUCUCCAAGACAACCACGCAUUCAAGGUCGGCAACCGGAUUUACGUUAACCCCGAAGAUGAAGGCGCAGCGGAAGAUUAUUCUACGAACCAGAAACUGAAUUGGACCUUGAGAAAUACAGUAUUAUUCAUCUUCAAAAAUGACCUUCAUUUCAUACCAAAGGGACUUCUUUCUGAGGUCUGCAAGAUUGAAGUAGGAGGUAGCCCUGGACCAAUUUACAAAACAAUUUUCCGCGCAUCAAUUAAGUUUCUCUGCAUUGUGUUUUAUUUGCUAUUUGUGUUACUCACUGUUGUUCUGUUUGGCAGACUCUAUCCUGUUUCUUCCACUAAUCAAGUUCUGUCUAUUCUUCUCUGCGGUUUGAUUCCCAUGUUUAUUCGCUUGACGUGUUUCCGACGGCCCGCUGCGUCCGUACCAACGCAGACGUUUACCAGCAAGAUAGGAGAGGUUUUAUCGUCAUACGAGGAAGAUUGGCCUAUAGCAGAUCUUCCAUUCGAGAUCGUUGACAUUUAUUCAGAUAAAAAUGAAGCUGAUAUAUUCAUCGAGUUGCCGUGCAGCAGAUAUGACAAGGGACCUUGGGGAACGCGCCUCCAAAUGCCUGGAACCAAGAAAGGAACGCUUCCAAGACCCGAGUACGUUUAAAACGCGUUCAUUUACAGUGACGCCAGUGGAAGUUGCAAACUCUUAUCUGAAGAACACGCUAUGUGAGCAAGUGAUUGUAGUGAAUGAGAUGAUCCGGGAAGUACGUGUUCUUCAAGAAUUUCAUUCUAUGCGAGAGAGGAACGUCAUAACCUAAAAGGAACACUACACGGUGAAACUAUGUUUGUCUGGAUGUGUAACACGCAUCUGUGUUUAAAACGAACACACGCUUUGUACCACGAUCAUCGUAUCAAUGAAACUAUUGACAAAGUGGCAUUUGAAGUGCAUAACUAUGCUUCUUGAAAAAUGGAGCUUUUAACAGUUUAACAGAUACUUCAAUAUCGAACGAUUAAUGACACAGCAUUGAUCGUAAUACAAAACCCAGAUGUCUAAUAAACAUAUAAAACAUCAAUCUAGACUUGGUUAUUCUGACCUACAAAACCAAUCACAAUAGAAAGUUAUAAAUUAUUGUGAUCGAUCGAAAUACCUCAUCAACACAGAGACAAAAAACGAUUUGUGGCGAUGCUUAAAUGCAAAAUGUGAACCCUUAUAUAGAAUUAGCUUAUAUAGAAUUUCAGUUUUUGUUCGAUUGGACCAGAUGCGUUGGAGAUCCUACAGGGAUCUUUCGGUAAAGGUUACUUUUAGUUUGUAUCCAUAAGCUUGUGGAAAAGGGAUUACUAAAGGGUUACAUAACCUGAAAAUGUUUCAUUGACAUAGUAACUGAAUUUCAUCUAUGAUUUAACUUCUAUUCAUGCUGAUCGACAUAAACUGUUAUUCCAUAUAUUCCAUAUACCGAUAUUGCAUUUAUAAUCGACGUCCGCGAAUAGAUCUAUAGAUGCCUGUAAUGAACAUCGACUCGCUUGAAUAGAAUUGCUAAUCUGAAAUUCUUCAUUCGGAAAUAUUCCAUGGGGAUUAAUUUCGGGCGGACAAAUUAAGUUUGCAAAGUGAACGACGUUGAGACGAAAUAGCGAUUACAACAACCGACUACAGGGUGUUUCAAAAUACAAGACAAAAUAAGAACAAUUUCUUGUAACAUGUUACAAACAUUAAUAUUAUUUGUAGUAAUUUAGCUAUUGUGGAAACCCAAAAUUCAAAAUGGUAUUUAUAUCUA